GUCACGUGACAUCCCGUCGGUAACGCAAGAUGGCGGCGCCCAUGUUGCUGCCCGAGUCCCCUCUGGGGAAGCUGAGCCAUCAGAAAUACAGAGCCAUUCUGAAGAAAGAAAAGCGGAAAAAAAAGCGGCAGGCACUUGCCAAACUGAGAGACUCAGAAGCUACAGAAAAAGAUGAAUCAGUGUCUGAGGAGGAGGACGAGGAGCUCGAAGAAGAAGAAGAUGAGGAAGAGGAAAAAAAACUUGAGGCAGAAAGACAAAAACUACAUGAACAGUGGUUGCUGAGGGAAGAAAAGGCUCAAGAAGAGUUCAAGCUUAAGAAAGAAAAAGAAGAGGCUGCAAGAAAACGUCAAGAGGAAGAAGAGAGAAAGAUCAAAGAAGAAUGGGAAGAGCAGCAAAGAAAAGAGAGAGAAGUGGCACAGCAGAAGCAACAGGAGAAGAGAGAAAGAGAGGCAGCUGUGCAGAAGAUGCUGGAUCAAGCUGAAAGCCAGCUGGAGAAUGGUGUGACCUGGCAUAACCCAGAGCCCCCAGAGAACAUAGGAACAGAGAAGGAUAGAGCAAAUUGCCCAUUCUAUAUCAAAACAGGUUCCUGCCGAUUUGGAGACAGGUGUUCCCGCAAGCAUAACUAUCCAACAUCCAGUAAGACGCUGCUUGUCCGAGGGAUGUUCAUUACUUUUGGCAUGGAGCAGUGUCGAAGGGAUGACUACGACACCGACGCAAGUCUCGAGUACAGUGACGAGGAGACCUACCAGCAGUUCCUAGAGUUCUAUGAGGACGUGCUCCCUGAGUUUCAGAAUGUGGGAAAGGUUGUUCAAUUCAAGGUCAGCUGCAACUAUGAGCCUCACCUACGAGGAAAUGUGUACGUUCAGUAUCAGACGGAAAAGGACUGUCAGGCAGCUCUUGCUCUAUUCAGUGGCCGAUGGUACGCAGGCCGGCAGCUUCAUUGUGAAUUUUGUCCUGUGACAAGAUGGAAGACUGCUAUUUGCGGCUUAUUUGAAAGGCAGAAGUGUCCAAGAGGGAAGCACUGCAACUUUCUUCAUGUAUUCAAAAAUCCAAACAAUGAGUUCUGGGAGGCCAAUAGAGACAUACGUGUUUCUCCAGAACGGACUAAUCAGUUGUCUAAAAACUCUGAAAGGAGAAACAGAUCGAGCCAUCGUGAUGACUAUUACAGCCGGUCAAGGAGAAGGGGCAGCCCAAGCCCAGAUCAUUCUUACCGGAGAAAUGGGGAAUCUGAAAGAAAAAAGAAUCGCCGCAAAAACAAGAGAAGGCGCCGAUCUGGCAGGUCGAGAAGUCGAGAAAGGAGGAGGUCACGCAGCAGAGGGAGAAAGAGGAGAGGACGCAGUCGCAGCAGGAGUUACAGUCGAACACGGAGUCGGAGCAGAAGUCGGAGCUCCUCUCGAUCCAGGAGUAGGGGCAAAAGGAGGUCAAGCAGCAGAGGAAGAAACAGUGAAACUCCCAAAACGAAGUGAGAAAUAAUUUCAGAAAUUGCUAAUUGAUCAAAUGUAGAGCUGACAAAGAAACCUUUCCAAUAGGGCACCAGAUACAUUUGAGUCACAAAUAAAGUGUUCUUGCACAUUAAAACGUUUCUUCCUAAUAAAGGACCCUAGUUUACUGUGUGCUAAGCUUCAGAAAAUUAAAAGUCCUAUAUAAGGUGUAAAUGUCAAGUACUCUAGCUACUCUGUCCCUCUGAACUACUGCAACAUUUGGAUGCAUACUGAGUACAAAAUAGAAAGAAGUAAAGCUUUUUUGGUA